AUGGAAAACGACGAUGCGUAUCCAAUAAAAGAGAAUGCCUAUGUUCUGUCGGAAUAUGACCAGGACAUCGCAUCUUGCUCUCCAGUUUCGUCGGGCACGGUUUCCGACACAGAGACCUGGACCACUGAUACCGCCAGUUCGGCCAGCACCAUACUGAAUGUAGAAACGAAAAACGUGACGCAUACUUCAUUCACUCGUCAGACUGACCCCGAACCUUGCACUUUGCGUAACCCACAAACCGGUCGUUUGAUAAAUGCCAUUCAUCGAUUGCAAGCCCGACACGCCAAUACGCAAUCCGUUUUACGGCAAAGCCAACGUGCCCAGCGUCGGUUGCAAAAAAACAAUGAAAGAAAGGAAAACAUCAUCAGACGAUUCAAGAGACAAUACCUCGAGGACAUGGAUCAACUGCGGCAACAAACCCAGGAUAUCGAGGAACUCAUCGCUUCCCGGAUUCAAUUAGCACGUCAAGUGUGGCAAAAAGAGUUGCAAGAAACCAAGGAUACGCUGCAACAUGCCAACGAUCAACUGCAGUCGAAAUUGAUGAACUGCCAGGAAGAAAAAGACGAAAUUGAACAGACGCUGGACGUUGUUCAAAAUGAAAUGAAAACAAUGAUGGAAGAGAUGAAUGAACAAAAACAGGAUAUCGCACGUUAUCAAACCGAGAUUGAACAACUGCAAGAUAUUCUUGACAAAACCAAGCUAAACAAUCACGAUGAUACUUCUGUUUUAAAGUUAAUCCAACAACAUGCAAGUCAGCAAACCAACAAUACACAGCACGCAAAUGAGCGAUUGACGGCCAAAAUUCAGGACUUGGAAAAUAGUUUGCGAACGGCCCAAGAAAAAUAUCAGGACAUGGUCCACCAACAUCGAAAACAGAAACGUGAGGUCAUCAAAGUCGCUGAACUCGAGCAACAAAUCAGCGGAUACAGAAAAGCCCAUGAAGAGGCCCUGAAACGGUCCCAUGAAGCAGAGACGAAAGCAGCGGAAAGCGAAUUACGUACAGAAGUCGCCAAAGCCAUGGCGAAACGUCAACUGGUGGAAGUUCAACAGCAAAUGGCGACGCUGCAAUCCAAAGUAGACACCAAAACUUUGCAAAGCGCACCCACUCCUAAUCACCGGGCGUCUUCUGAUAUGGAAUCCGUUUUGCAACGCACACUGGCGCAACGUGAUGCUGAAAUAGCGCGUUUACGCAAAACCAUGGAUCAGAACGAGCGACAUGCAGCCAGUCGAGAGGCUGCACGUCAGGAACAGCUCAAGAGACAGCAAAGGACUGUGGAGCAGGAGGUGACGGAAAGAAUGCAGCAUCAGUUCCGUCAAGAGAGUGACAUUUACGAACUGCAGCGAUCGAGAGAAUUGCGUCAACUCGCCUGCACCGUGGUCGAAUUAGAAACCGAGUUGGAAAUUGCAACCCAGCGUCAUGCGGAAUACAUGGCCCAUAUUCGUACCUUAGAAAAAAAUCAGACAAAAGCAGAAGCCACGCUACAACAACAUCAAAUGAAAUGGAAAGCAUCCGAAAAAGAACUUCGCAAUCAAAUUCUCCAGAUGGAACGCAAAAUCAUUGGUUUGGAAGAAGACGCGAUGCGAUUAUACGGAAAAAACCUCGAUCUAGCUCAUCAGCUUGGGAAAUGGGCACCCUAA